AGAGGAGAAUCAGGAUAGUUUCAUUGAGAACUCGCUGUGGGUGAUUUGGGGGGUGGUUUGAGGGGUGGAAUGCGCGCGCACCCGCGUGGGUGCCGCGUUCUCAGUAGGACAUGGACCGGUAGGCGAGCUCCAGCGGCCCAUGUGUUCCUCAUGUAGUACUAGUCAGUUGUGAAGCGAUGAGCCUAGCCUGGAUGUACGGAGUCGUGGCACUCACACUACUCACCCUGCUCACCCUCACCGACGGUUCUCUGCUCCACCGCCCGCAACACUCGGCCCCCGCCCCUGCCCCAGAGCACUGGCUGGUCUACACCGCCGGUGACGGUCUCGCGGAGCUUGAAGGUCUGCCGCCGCCACCCCCGGGGCACGCCGAGCUCCGCCGAAGAAGAGCCAGCGCCUGGAGGAAGCGAGUUCACCAAGAGCACGAGGCGGAGGGCGGGGGGCGAGUCGGACACCUGAUGACCCGCACACGUCGCGGGAACCGUCAGUACGACAUGCAUCAAAUGGGGUCUCACGGCAGGGACGGCCCGUACGAUGUUCCCCAAAUUGAUCGGUGGCUGUACCCCACUGAGGAAGGGCCUGUGAGACAUUUGCCCCUGCCUACUGUAGAAUGCCCGCCAGCGGAGGAAGACGGCAUGGAAAGGUUUGCCUGCCCUACCCCAGACCGCACAGGCCGGUACCGCUGUAUAGACGACCACGUCCUCUGCGACGGAUUUAUAGACUGCCCUAGUGGGGAGGACGAAGACAGACAAGCCUGUAUGUUCUACAAGACGACAAAGGCACACCUGGACAUCCUGGCAGACGCACUCCUGCGAUGGGCGAGAGGCCGCUAGACCAUAGACUCUACUUACAGUGUUACCCUGUGGCUUACUUCCAUUUAAUCAUCUAAGUGUAGGCGCCACCCCCAAAAUUCGACUUCAGUUGGCUUCUGAUGUUCCGAAAUAUGUGUAUUUCAAACACUCUAUACUUUUUGUGUCACAUGUUUUCGCAUGAAAUUCAAUACUGUUCUCGUGUAAGUUUAUACAUUCCAUAGCCAUAACUACUGUUAUAAUUGUACCUAUCUUAGUUGUAGUAGUUACCACUCGACCCCGGGUGGCGCCCUAAGGCCUACUUUAAGCCCUCUACCCUAGAACGAGACGACAGGAAAAGAAGUAUAUUUUUUGUAUUUAAGACAUAAUGCACGGAACUGAAAAUUCCUACUAUUUUCAAAACACAAUAUCUAGUUAGGUUGUAAAGGUAUAACAUUGUUUUGUAGAGAUAAGUUUGUAGACGUUUUAGUUUUAUUUACUUGAUUGACUGAUUAAAUAGAAUAUUUUCAAUUUCCAGUAAGACUGUUGAACCGUAAUAGUGUAUAAUCGUUAAAUAGCCCCGAGUUGUGCUAGAUUUUGGACAUAUUUCAUGUUAAUUUAGACACAUCCUCUUAGCCCGCGUCAGUACCUAACUGAACAGACAAGAACUCACAUCAUGUACUGCCAUUCUCAGAGAGGUAACUACAAGAGUAUUAUUUAUCUUCAUGGGUAUUUGGUAGUAGAACAUACAUGAGUGUCAUGUAAGGUAAAAACUUCUUAACUAUGUUACCAUCAACGCCAAUGAAAAGAAAUGUAAUUUAUUGACCUGGAGACCUGAAUCUUAAGCAAUAAACAUUUGUUGUUAUAGGCAAUGUACUGUUCACAUGGCGUCUCCUCUUUUAUAAUUUAAAAACAAAUUUAGCUUUAACAAAGAAAACCCCCAAGCAAUGAUGACAUAUCAAAUUCGUAAUUAAUAAGAAUAUGAUAGCAAUAUAUGGAAAGCGUGAAAACUUUAUUGUGUAGAACGAUUAAGUAAAGUGUAAAUUCAACGUUUAUUUGUUUAAAAAUAAGAUUUAUUUAUAAACAUUACAUUUCUGUGUGUUUUGUGAUUGGCUGUCUCACCCUUCUUGGAUAAGUUUGAAGCCAGCUUUCUGCCACGAGCCUCGGCAGUGGGCUGUUGUUAAAAACACAAUAAAUAACUAAUCAAUUUAAUUUUGCAUCAUUAAUCGAAUACACAAUUAAAAAAUUCGUUUCUUUAAUAUUAAAACACAUAAAUAUCGGCAUAAUAUUGUAAUAUCGUAUCCAUUAAAGUUUUUAUCAUGUUCGGUUCCGGUAUGCCAGUGUAGACGAGUAGGGUUUGAGACGUCAGUAGACAGGAAGGAAGGGAGACUAGACACGCAAUAGUCACCAACGGUCCCACGGUAGACACCAGCACGUUAAUUAUGUCUAUGCACUAUAUAUACUAUAAGUAAAUGUUUAGUAAUCUAAGUUAUGUUCGUGUAACUUAGAUAUUAUUUGUAGAAAUGCAUGCGUUAUUUGCUGUAUGCUAUAUUAUUGUAAGACUCGUGGUAUACUGUGACGGUUUCCACCGCUAGUGACAUUGCAGAACAUGUGUGGAAUGGCGAACGCCAGCUGUUCGACUAAAUUAUUGUAAUUGGUAUAGUAAUUGUAAAAUUAACAUUAUGACGAGACGAACGGUAUGAAAGGAGGGAAAGAGAGAAAAAUAGACAGCGGGUUUUCUACCCAGGGGCUGGACCCUCGGCGGGGACUGGUGGGCGAGGCGCUUGUCGCGGGUCCGGGGAAGAUGUACCCAUCCUGAGCCACCCCGGUCUCGGCGAUCGGUGCCUCUUUUUACACUCAAUUGGCUCAUUAAAUUAUAUUGUAAAUACAAAAUUCAAGUACUGUACUGAACACAAAAAAUAGUAUCCUUAUCAGACUUCGUAACCGAGGGUUUGUAGAAAACCUUAUGAUCUAUUUUCAGAAUCAAAUGUAUUAGUAGAGGUAACAGGAUGUGCUGGACAAUUAAGAUUAAGUAUUGAUUAUGUAAAGUAUAAUUUUCAGCAUAAGGUAUACAUAUUAAGUUAUAUAAUUUUAAGUUUAAAUACUAUGUUUAAUAUUGGAUUUACUUUGAUAAUGUUUUUAAAUCAAGCAUAUAAUACACGAAUUACUGUAAUGUAAUCAUAGUAAUGUUAACCAUAUAUAAAUCAGAAAUACCUUAGUAGUCUGUUAUGUCUUCAGAAAGAGAAAUUUCAAUAAAGUAACAAUAAAAGUAAACCUAUCCUUGAAGGGAAAACUCAAACUAUUGUACAAAUAAAGUUUUUUUUUAAGUAAUAAUAUACUUUUAAGCUAUAAAUUGUUCAUUGUACUAUAGUUGAGAGAGGAUAAGAAAACGAUAUAAAGUGUCACAAGACAUUAUGUUUUUAUAUUUCAAAGUUUGUAGCUGUAACGAACUUAAAUUUGAAAAAGAAAAAUUAUGCCAUAUUUCCCUUAAAGUGUAAUGAGUAUAUACCCGAAUUAACUGUAUUUUAAUUAAUUUAAAAUAUUUAUAUGCAGGCCUAAUGUGUAUAAAUAGUAAGAUGUGAUAGUAUUAGUAGUAGCUCUGAGAAUGGCAGUACCGGUGCAGUACUCAACAGAAUAGCAGAGCUGUUUGCCUAGCAUAGUGAGUAGAUUAGUCGUGAAGAAGCUCAACAGGGCCUAAGUGUUUGUGUUUAUUUCUCACUCCUCUUACAGUUUAUAAUUGAUGUUUCUUUGUUUGUUAGUUAGUUUAGUUGUAUUAGGUGUACUAGUAAGGUCCCGCGCCGACAUUGUUCCGAUCUACUGUAUAUUCAAUUUUAGCUGAGCCGACCCAAGAGUAAAUAGCUAUCUCGGCCUAAUUUAGUUUGUACGCGCUAGACAAGGUCCCGUGUACUGAAUGGCUGUGCCCGCUAUAGUUAUGUACUCCUGACCCCCCCCCCACCCCCACCACCACACCCCGCUUUCAUUGUCACAACCUCUUUUCGUUCGUUGACAAUCUGUUAAAGGUCUUGUUUACCUUUCGAAAGUAUAUGUUACUUUCAAGCACAUAUUUUCUUUUUACUAGCAUAGUCUAACAUAAUGCACAUACACCAAUCUUUUUUUAAAUGAAUGUCUUUUAUAAUAAAAUGUGAAAAUGUAAUAAAUAUAUAAGUAUGUACGUUAAUGUUUGGAGCACUAUUAUAUUAGCACGUUAUAUAAAGUACUAUUUUACUUGAACAAGUGCACUGAUACCAAUGUGAUACAAGGUCCUGCCACUGUUAGCGAUGCACGGUUUGCACCUCGCUGUUUUCGUUAUCCUUUGUUUCAGUGUUGUUUCUUUAUCCUGAAUAAAAAUGUUUAUUUCUCUCUUAAUGGUUGUCUUUGUUAUGUUGUUAUGCUCUCUAUAGGUUCGUUAUGUGUAGACCCUUUCCUCUUUUAUCUCUCUAUCUUUCUCUACUCGCAUAGUUAGCAUGGUACGUCGUACUGUAGUUGUUACUGCUUGACCACAACCCGUGUAAACGAUACAUAUCAUUACCACCUGCAAGGUGCUUUCAUUUACCUUAGUUAGACCCCAAAUGAUCCCGUUUGUAGCGAAGCCCUUCAGCAAUGGUUUGUUGUUUGCUGAUAACAUUACGGUGAAGCAUCGAUGUCGAUUAUGACUAGUGUUUGAGCCGUGUUAUGUUACCGUAACAUAUCAACAAAGGUACGUGAUGUUUACUUUCCCAAUUCGUAUGAAAGAUGAUGUUACGUUCUAGGUUCCAUCAACAUUGUAUAUAUAUUUUAUGACACAGUUAUUACUAAAUGCUAUUACGAAAUAUGUUAUUUUCAUUGUACUGUAUGAUACAUAUCAUAUUAUAUAUUAUACAUAUAAUAAUCAAACUGUUCGUUAUACAAAAAUCCACUCGUCGUAAAAAUACAAAAAAUUACAAAAAUA